AUGGCCGUCGACGAGGUCGACUGGGAGACCAAGUUCCUCCGGCCCAAGCCCAAGGCGGGCGGCACCGUCGCGUUCCAGUGGACGUCCAUCGACAUGUACACGGGCGACCCUUUAGCCACGCACCCGCGCCAGGGCCAGCGCGUGCCCGGGAGCCGGAACCGGCCCGUGCCCGUCGUCCGCCUCUACGGCGUCACGGGCGACGGCGCGUCGGUCUGCGCGCACUGCCACGGCUUCACGCCCUACUGCUUCUCCAGCGCGCCCCUGGCCUUCGACGAGAGCGACGCGGGCAACGUCGCCAAGCUCCAGCAGGCGCUGGACGGCGCGCUCCGCCAGCGGUGCUCGCGGGGCCAGGACCGCGCGUGCGCGCAGCUCGUGCUCGGCGUCGAGGUCGUGCGCGACAAGCGGUCCAUCAUGGGCUACCAGCCCGACGGCGCCCGGGCCUGCUUCUUCAAGAUCUACGUCGCCCUGCCGACGCAGAUCCCGGCGCUCAAGAAGGUGCUGCAGGACGGCGUGAACGUGCCCGGCGUCGGCCACAGCCAGCUCCAGACCUUCGAGAGCAACGUGCCCUUCAUCCUGCGCUUCAUGAUCGACAACGAGAUCCAGGGCUGCAACUGGGUCGAGGCGCCCGCGGGCGCCUACGCCGCGCGGUCCGGCGGCGCGAAGAAGACGCGGUGCGACCUGGAGAUCGACGUCGUCUUCGACUCGCUCGUCUCCCACGCGCCCGACGGGCCCUGGGCGAAGCUCGCGCCGCUGCGCAUCAUGGCGACGGACAUCGAGUGCAUGGGCCGCAAGGGCCACUUCCCCGAGCCGGAGAAGGACCCCGUGAUCCAGAUCUCGUGCGUCGUCCAGGUCCAGGGCGCCGCGCAGCCCAUGUGCCAGGUCAUCUUCACGCUCGACGGCUGCACGGCCAUCAACGGCGCCGAGGUCGUCACGUCGAAGACGGAGCCCGAGCUCCUCAAGAAGUGGGCGGCCUUCGUGCGCCUCGUCGACCCGGACAUCAUCACGGGCUACAACACGCAGAACUUCGACAUCCCCUACCUGCUGAAGCGGGCCCAGACGCUGAAGCGCAAGGACGCGUCGCUGGCCGCCUUCUCGGAGCUCGGCCGCGUGCUCGGGUCCCACGCGCGCAUGCGCGACACGUCGAUCCAGAGCGCGCAGAUGGGGAAGCGCGAGAACGUCGAGACGACGGUCGACGGCCGCGUCAUGUUCGACCUGCUGCCCUACAUGUUCCGCAACCACAAGCUGUCGUCCUACUCGCUCAAUUCGGUCUGCGCCGAGUUCCUAGGGUCGCAGAAGGAGGACGUGCACCACUCGAUCAUCGCGGAUCUCCAGCGGGGCACGGACGAGGACCGGCGGCGCCUCGCGGUCUACUGCCUCAAGGACUCCUACCUCGUGAUCCAACUGAUGACGAAGCUCGCCGUGCUCAUCAACUACGUGGAGAUGGCGCGCGUGACGGGCGUGCCCCUCGACUUUUUGCUGAGCCGCGGCCAGCAGAUCAAGGUCUUCAGCAUGCUCCUCCGGCGGUGCCGCGCGUCGAAUCUGCUCGUGCCGAACCUCGCGAAGCACGGCAACGACGGCGACGCCAAGUUCGAGGGCGCCACGGUCAUCGAGCCGAAGAAGGCCUUCUACGAGGAGCCCAUCGCGACGCUCGACUUCGCGUCGCUGUACCCGUCGAUCAUGCAGGCCUACAACCUCUGCUACUCGACGAUCCUCACGAAGCAGGACGCGGAGCGCCACUUCCCCGGCGGCGCCGACACCGCCUACCAGGCCGGGCCCCAGUGCGUCGACGGCGUGCACCACUUCGUCACCGCGAAGACGAAACGCGGCGUGCUCCCGCAGAUCUUGGCGGACCUCCUCGCGGCGCGGAAGCGCGCCAAGGCCGACAUGAAGAAGGCGACGGACCCCAUGGACAAGGCCGUCCAGAACGGCCGCCAGCUCGCCCUCAAGAUCAGCGCCAACUCCGUCUACGGCUUCACGGGCGCGGCCGUCGGCCAGCUGCCGUGCCUGCCCAUCGCGUCGACGGUGACGGCCUACGGCCGCACGCUCCUCCACCGCACCAAGGACUUCGUCGAGUCGACCUACACCAAAGAGAACGGCUACGCCGCCGACGCCGAGGUCGUCUACGGCGACACGGAUUCGGUCAUGGUCAACUUCGGCUUCGGCGACGUCGCCGCGACUUUACCGAAAGCCGAGGUCGUCGCCGCGGAGGUCACGAAAAUCUUCCCGCCGCCCGUCAAGCUCGAGUUCGAGAAGGUCUACUUCCCCUACCUCCUCAUGAACAAGAAGCGCUACGCGGGCCUGCUGUGGACGCGGCCCGAGACGCACGACUACAUGGACUGCAAAGGUUUGGAGACCGUCCGCCGCGACAACUGCCUCCUCGUGCGCCAGCUCAUCGACGGCUGCCUGCGGAAGAUCAUCAUCGAGCGCGACACGAACGCGGCCAUCGCCUACGCGAAGCGCGCCAUCGGCGACCUCCUCCAGAACAAGAUCGACAUCUCGCUCCUCGUGAUCACGAAGUCGCUCUCCAAGGAGGCCGACUCCAAGGACUACAAGGCCAAGAGCGGCCACGCGGAGCUCGCCAAGCGCAUGCGCGCCCGGGACCCGGGCACGGCGCCCAACGUCGGCGACCGCGUGCCCUACGUCAUCGUCCAGGCGCCCAAGGGCACGGCGACGUACGACAAGUCCGAGGACCCCGUCUACGUCCUCGAGAACAACUUACCGAUUGACGCGAGCUACUACCUCGAGAACCAGCUCUCCAAGCCCCUCACGCGCAUCUUCGAGCCCAUCAUCCCCAACACGAGCAACCUGCUCCACGGCGACCACACGCGCGUCGUCGCCAAGCCCACGCCCGUCGCGCGCAAGGGCGGCAUCAUGAUGUUCGCCAAGAAGCAGCUCCAGUGCCUCGGCUGCAAGGCCAAGAUCGACGAGGGCACGGUCUGCGACCACUGCAAGCCCCGCGAGCCCGAGAUCUUCCUCAAGCGCGUCCGCGACGUCAACGCGCACGAGCGGACCUUCGCCAAGCUCUGGACCAACUGCCAGCGCUGCCAGGGCAGCCUCCACCAGGACGUCCUCUGCUCCAACUCCGACUGCCCCGUCUUCUACAAGCGCAAGAAGGUCCAGACGGACCUCCGCGACACGCAGGUCCACCUCGCGCGCUUCGACACGUCCUGGUGA